GUCUCAGCUCGGCUCGGAGUGUGUAUAUGUAUAUAACGUGCUCCGGCCACACUCCGCUCAUUCAUACACAUCGGAUCAGCUGCUCCGCACGCCUCCUCCUCCACUUCCCGAUUGUUUAGCCGGCUUCUCCCUGACUCUGCCCCGCGCCUCUCAUGCUGCUGAGCGGACACUCCUCUGUCCCAACCAGCGGUGCCCAGCAGCAGUCAGCGGAGCCCAGCAGGACCGUCAGAGCGGAGCCGAGCCGAGGAAGCCCCCCAGCCGCCUCCAGCACGGGACAGCAAUGCGCCGGCAGCAUGGCCAAAUGGAUCAAGGAGCACCUGGGCUUCAAGAGCUCCAAGCCGCCGCCUCCUGCCCCUCCUAAACCGGAUUACCGGCAGUGCCAGGCAGGAGGAGGGCAGACCCACCACCACCAUCAUCACCACCACCUGCACUCCACCGGACUCCAAUUCCCCGUCACCCCCGCCGGACAGCCCGAUAUCCUCACUGCCUACAAGCUGCAGAAGGAGAGGGACUUCGAGGACCCCUAUACUACUACUACUACUCCUCCUCCUGGAGCUACUACAACUUCCUCCUCCUCAGCGAACUCCUCUGUGGUGCCCUCUGCUCCUCCUGCCUCUACUGCCCCGUCCCCAUCCUCUCCUUCUCCUGAUGUCAAGUAUGUGUCCCCAAAGCACAGGCUCAUCAAGGUGGACACUGGGGACAAGGGGGCAUCCAGCCCCACCAGCAGCACUAACCCAACUGCCACAAACUCUUCCAGCACUGGAGGAAGUGCCAUCAAGUCCCCACCUGCCACAGCUGUGGCCCCCCAGCUGGAGGACAGCAAACAGGACAAAGUAGUCAUUGUUGAAGACUAUGCAGACCCUUUUGAUGCCAAACAGGGUCCAGGGAACCAGGCAACAGCAGAAACCGUAACCGAGAAUGAUGGCUACAUGGAACCCUAUGAAGCUCAAAAAAUGAUGGCAGAAAUCCGCAGAAGGGGAUCCAAAGAACUGCCUGGAAAACCUUUACACUUAUAUGACACCCCAUAUGAGCCAUCCGAAAAUGGAAUCGAUUCAGAUUGUGAAAAGUCAGAUCAGCGUCCUCGAGAAUCCAGAUUGCCACAAGAUGAUGAGCGGCCUCCAGAAGAAUAUGACCAGCCUUGGGAAUGGAAGAAGGAUCGAAUUUCAAAAGCAUUUGCAGUUGAGAUUAAAGUAAUCAAAGAACUUCCUUGGCCUCCUCCAGUGGGACAGCUAGACAGCAACACAGUCAUCGAGGAAAGUGAUGUGAACACUUCAUUGUCUCAGCAGCCUCCAUCUUCUCCACAUUUGCCCUCCCAGAACAGCCUUGAAGACACCAAUGCCCAGUUUGAUGGUGCUGAUAAAACAGGCAUGUCAUCAUCCAGAGAGGACAGACUCAGACACACGCACAGACACUCAGCUGGGAACUUGAAGGCAACCAAGAAUCCAAGUAUAGAACACACCAACUCAGUGGGAGAAAGGAUAGACCCUUCCCUGCCAUUAGAAAGUCAAUUCUGGUACCACGGUGCAAUCAGCCGCACAGAUGCAGAGAGUCUCCUGAGGCUUUGUAAAGAAGCAAGUUACCUGGUGCGAAACAGCGAGACCAGCAAGAUUGACUUUUCCUUAUCACUGAAGAGCAGCCAAGGAUUCAUGCACAUGAAGCUAUCACGUACCAAAGAAAACCAGUAUAUUUUGGGACAGAACAGCCAACCUUUUGACAGUGUGCCAGACAUAAUCAAUUAUUACACCACCCACAAGUUACCAAUAAAGGGAGCUGAACAUAUGUCCUUGCUCUAUCCAGUUGCAAUCCGGACUUUGUAGCACUGAGCCUGUGGCAGCUAAAGGAACAUGGACUGUCCUAAUUUUGAUCCACAGAAUGGAAAAUAAAACACUAAGUGAUGGUACUUUACAUGGACUUUGAAAAUUAUGAGUGGCGGCUGUUUUUUAAUUUACAGUUCUAGUUUAAGCGUAAUGAAUAAAAGUAAUCCACGUGAAUGGGUACAGUGCCUGUUCUUUCAUAUACAAUGGUCUGGGGCUAUAUGUCCCAACAAGUUGCAAUACUACCAUCUUCAGCUUAAUCUUGUGAUUUUAAAAUACAUUUUGUUGGAUUUCCAUAUAUACUUUUCUGUACACUAGUUGUUCUACAACCAUUAACAACAAGGGCAUUUGAUCCCUAGUUUGCAGUGUGUGCGCGAACGUAUGUAACCACAUUUCUGCAAAAACUUCAGCAAUACUGUAUUAUCUUGUCAUGGUGUAAAGAGGCCAAGUGAACUGAGCAGAUUGUGGACUUGAGUUCAGUUUUUGGGGGCAUGGUGAAUGCAAUAACUACAUAUACGUUUUUUAAAAAGUUUAUUUUUGUAGCAUUAGAUGAAGACUCAUUUUAAGUUCCCCAAUUUUCUCCCAUGAAACACCAUAUUCCCUUUAUUUGAUUGAAUGUUUUAAACUGCAAGUGUGAUUAGUAUUUUAAACCUGAUGCAAGCCUAAUUUUUGUUUUCCAAAGCCUGUAUUUUCUUUUGUUAAAAGAGAACGCUAACAAUAUUUAGAGAGCAACCUGUUUAAAAAAUUUACAAAAUAAGUAAUUAAUACAUAUAUAUAUAUAAUCGAACUGAACUUGAGUUUUUUUUUUCCUUUAAAAAUAUAUCCAUCAUAGUGGAGAACAUCCAACUGUAUUUUCUCAGCUGUUUCAAGUUGACAAGGAGUUUUAUGUGGCCUCAUUCAAUAAGAUUAUGUGACGGGAUGUCCGUUUUGUCUGGAAAGGUGUCCCCGUAGAAUCUGGCCAAACACUGUCUUCACUUUUAAUAAGCCUCUAUAAAGGAAUUUUGUAGAGCUGUACAUUUUUACAUGUCAGCCAACUUAGUUUCUUGGGGUUAUGUGGUCCUUAAAUACUUUACCAAUACCAUUACCUCCCUCUAUCACUAACGAAGGGCUGUAAUGGAAAAUGUCUGUGCUCUUUAGCAGAUAAUUGCACUUACUGUUCACUGCUUAUAUGAUUAAGCCCAGGUUCACACUGCUCGAACAUGAAAGUCACGCAACUUUCAAUCUGACUUAGCCCUGCAACUUCAGUCUGACUUUGAUCCGGCCUAAUGUAACUCUUUACACUCUGUGACAUUGAUGUCGUAUAUAAGUCAGACCAAGGUAGUGCAGGAACCUUUUCUAAAGUCGGAUAGACGUGUGUUGUAUCCGUUAAGACAGCGCUCAUAGGGAAAUUUUUUAUUUCACAUGUCAUCUGACUUUGUGUCUCAAGACCCUAUGUCAUAUCGGUGUGAACCAAGCCUAAUUCUUGGACUGCAAUGUGGUGUUCAACCUGAAAAUGGCCAUUUUAUGAUUAUUUGUCCUGUCUACUGGCUGUAUUUCCAACCAAGUUUAUUGUGCAAUGCUCAAAAGUCAGAACAUGUAUUUAUUUUUUUAUUCCAAAAUAUGUUUUUUCUAAUUAAAUUCAGAAUUUCAUGUCAUGGAUUAGGUUUUGAUCCUUUCUUACAUGAUGUAAGGUCUAUCAAAUAUUAUCUUAGAAAGAACUUCAUGCAAUUUAGAAUCUCUCUACAAACAGUUCAAAUUAAAUGACAUUUUUUAGGGCUCAUGAAUGUAAAAUAAAAACAACAUUUUUAUAAGGAUUGUAGGGGUAAUCUAAUGGUAAUGUUAGGUUAUCCUAGUGCAGAGCCCUAAUCAUUUAGAUUUUUAUUUUUUUUUCCUGCUGUAGGGUAAUUUUUUUAUUUUUUUAAUCCCUUGUGCGUACCUGGAAGUAGAUAAAAAAUAAAGAUUUAUGAGCUACAAAUAUCUGAUAUUUACAAAUGGAUAACCUGUGUAAUGUCGCCCAGUUGAUGAUUUAUUUGGUUGCUAAACAGAGAAAUCAUGUACAAAAUGUUGGUUCUAAGCUUAUCAACAUUGAAUAAAGACCAGAUUGCAGCAACCCUUACCUGCCACAUCAUAAUCAUUUUGUUGGACUUCCCUCCAUGCUAAAUGUCUGAUUGGCUGCUACUACAUACUGUACCCCAUAUCAUUACAUGGAGACAGCCAUAUACUACCUACUAUGACGGAAUUGAUGAAUCACAAAUUUUAAUGGGGUGCUAUAUAUGGUUUUAUGUGCGACAGUGUAAAUGAACAGCUAGAAUUUUGUGAAGGUUUACAAGUAUUUGGUUGCUCUGAACACAAGUAUUUGGUUGCUAAUUUUUCCUUCUAGAAGUGUAAUUUCCCUAUGCAGUCUUCAAAAAAAGUGCCAGUUUUUAUGUAAGGUGUGACCAAAUUUAAAAAAAAAGCUUGUUUAGGACCAUUUAAAAUACAAUAAUCUAAGCAUGGCCCACCUUUAUUAGAAUGGUUGCUCUAAGCCACAAAAUGUUAACAAAAUAAAAUAAAGUCGGGUUUAGGAAGGAUUAGAAAUUUUAUAGAUGUUAAGAAUUGGGAAAACAAUUUAAAAUAUUAUACUUGCUACAGUAUAUUAAUUUGAUAUGUAUAUGUCUUAUUGCCACUGGCACACAGAUAUUGUGUGGACAGAAGUCAAGAUUUACAGGGUGUGGUUUUGUAGCAGUCAGUAAAUCUGACUAAAACCGUUGGGAAGAUAGCAGAGGUAAAUUUACCAUCCCCUGGAAAUCUAGUGUCAAAGCCUUGUUUUUUUUUUUGUUCCCCAUUUCUAUUUAUUUUUUUGUAAAUGCUUAAAUCUCAUUGUUACAACAACAUUAUGCCUUGUAUCUGUCUGCCAGGUGAAAUGUCUUGAGUAUGUUUACCUUGGGGUUGAAGGAAUCUGCUUUUUCCUGCUCUUAAUGUCUGUGUUUCUACUGCUGUUACAAAUUUUACGUUUGUGAAUUUUGCCUUGUUAAAUAAAUACUGUCUAUUUAAUGUAA